AUGGUCCAACUCGCCCACAUCUUCAAAAAGGACAAGGAUAAGGAGAAGACCGAGAAGAACAAACCUGAUAUACGUUCAUCUCGAAAUUCCUUCUCCGCUUCGCGCACAUCUCCAUCUCCGAAGUCGCCCUCCAAAUCCCCAACUAAGUCACCUACCAAAUCUCCUUCCAAAUCCUCGUCCCCCACCAAACCCUCCAAAUCUUCCAAACAGUCCUAUUUUUCCCACAGUCGGUCAUCCUCCAAUUCCGGACCGACCGCCAGUUUCAAGUUUUCUCGGUCUUCGCGUGACCAGGACGUACACCCACUCAAUCUCCCACCCGACGAGCUACGUCGUCGAUUGUCCGCCAUGGCAGCAUCCAACGAAGAGCAGCGGAGCUCCAUGGAUAUUGAUCCCCAAGAACCCCAGAAUAAUGGCGUGAAUGGCACUGAGGAGCGGAGUCCGACCCCGCCACCGCACCAGCCGAAUUCAGCUUCUGCCGAUGAGGCCGACUCCUUCAAGCUGGCCGGAAACAAGUUCUUCAAGGAUGGCAACUAUCGACGAGCUAUCGAGGAAUACAACAAGGCCAUCGAGAUUAAUCCCAACUCAUCGGCCUAUCUCUCUAACCGAGCGGCGGCCUAUAUGUCCGCUAAGCAAUUUUCGAAUGCGCUUGAGGAUGUUCAGCGCUCUAACGAGCUCGAUCCUAACAACCCAAAGAUCAUGCACCGAUGGGCUAAGAUUCUGACGAGUUUGGGUCGACCUGCAGAGGCCCUGGAGGUGUUGUCACGCAUCCAGCCACCAGCGACCGCCACUGAUCGGGCAGCCGCAGAGAAGAUGCUGCGCUUCGUUACCCAAGCCGAAGAGACUAUAGCGCAAGACCGCGGUCUGUCGAUGGUGAUCUAUUGUCUAGACCAGGCACGGCAAGGACUCGGACAAGGUGUCAGGGAGCCCCGCAAAUGGACACUUUUGGCCGCCGAGGCCCAUCUGAAGCUGAACAACAUGAACUCGCUAGGCAAGGCGCAGGACAUUGCGAUCAGCUUGUUGCGCGAGAACAGCCAAGACCCGGAUGCGAUGAUGAUCCGUGCCCGCGCCUUCUAUGCCCUCGGUGAGUCCGAGCAGGCGCAGAAGCUUCUGAAGAUGUGCCUCGGGCUGGACCCAGAUAUGAAGCAGGCCAUCAAGCUGCUGCGCAUUGUGCAGAAGCUGUCUCGCACGAAGGAGGAAGGAAACACCGCUUUCAAGGCCAAGGAUUAUCGCCGUGCUAUCGAUCUUUGGACCCAGGCUCUCGAGGUUGACCCUUCCAACAAGGAUAUGAACGCCAAGAUUCUGGGUAACCGUGCUCAGGCUUACAUCAACUUGAAGGAGUAUGACUCUGCCAUUCAGGACUGUACCGAAGCUCUCCGUCUCGACCCCGGGUAUAUUAAGGCUAUGAAGUGCCGUGCCAAGGCCCACGGCAAGGCCGGUAACUGGGAGGAGGCUGUUCGUGACUAUAAGAGCGUUGCUGAGAACAACCCCAGCGAGAGCGGCAUUGCGGAGGAGAUCCACGAAGCUGAAUUCGAGCUGAAGAAGUCCCAACGCAAAGACUACUAUAAGAUUUUGGGAGUCGACAAGGAUGCCAGCGAGCAGGACAUCAAGAAGGCCUACCGCAAGCUGGCUAUUGUAUACCACCCAGAUAAGAACCGUGACGGUGCAGCCGGCGAUGAGAAGUUCAAGGAGAUUGGUGAAGCCUAUGAGAAUUUGAUUGAUCCUCAGAAACGUGCUGCUUUUGAUAACGGAGACGAUCUGAGGGAGGGCAUGUAUGGCGGUGGCGGUUUCCCCGGCGGUGGUGGUUUCCCGGGCGGUGGUGGUUUCCACGCUGGUGGUUUCCCUGCCGGCGGGUUCGGCGGCGGUAUCGAUCCCGAAAUGCUUCGCAACAUGAUGAACGGCGGCGGCGGCGGCGACCCCUUCGGUCAUUCUCAUGGCGGCUUUCACUUCUAGAUGAAGCCAUCUAACCCAUUCUAUUCACUUGAUACCACGACUGAUUCUUUCUUCUUUCGUCUCAAGAUGACGAAACCCCAAAACAGGAAUUCGCAUGUCUUUAACCGGAGUUGGAGUUGCACCUCGAUAUCUUGCAUGUUGAUUUGUUGGAUAUUGGGGUUUUACUUUUUUUUGCCCACUGCCAUAUCACGAUUUUUUUUUCACUGUGUUUCUGCGGAGACGCCAUAUGAUUCCCGAUAUGAUAGAUUUGAAGCUUUUUUUCUUCGGUCUCAUCUUUUCUUUCCCCCUUUUCCUCUUUCACCCUUGUGGCUUCUUUCGGGGGAUUUUGUAUAUGAGUGCUGCAAUCUGGAGUGAUCUAGGGGAACAGUGCAUUUAUGGACGAUGGUUUUGAAAUCCAUAUGCACAGAAGACCUACAAGCUCUACAUCCGAUCAACCAUUUUCGGCGUUUGUCUUUUGUCUUAUUCUUCUCCUGAGAUUCGCUCUUGGCUUUGGCUUUGGCUUUGACUUUAGACUUAGAGAGAUUUGCUUCGCAUGUUUUGGCUCUCGAUGCACUUUGUGAGGUUUUCAUUAUAGCCAAGCAAAAGCAUAUGUGGCAUAUACACCUGCAUGACACUCAUAAGACAAAGAUUUCUAUCAGAUAUGAUUCAUUCCCUUCGUAGCUACAUGUAUUUUAGUAUAG